AUGAAAAUUCUUUCUCCUAUUAUUGGUUUUUUGAUUACUUUUUUCUUUCCUCAAGUGAAUUAUGUGAUAAGCGUCGUUAUUCUUCUAUUUCUUCCAUUUAAAGCUAUUCCAAAUUUUCUUUCUCAAUUUAUUCAAUGUUUUUAUUCGAUAUUUUCGGCGAAAAAUUGUGAACGAAUGCUGUGCUGUAUUUGUUUUUCAAAUGAAAAAUCUGUUCUUUUUCAACCGUGUAAUCAUAUUUGCCUUUGUACCGAAUGUGCCACCAAAUUAAUUACUUCAACGGCACCAAAUUGCCCUAUUUGUCGAGCUCGUAUUACUUCAUAUAUUGAUGUAUAUAUCUAA